UUCAAAACGGGGGCCUCGCGCAUUCCAGGUAUUAAACAUGGCGGUAAGCACACCAGUCCUUCUAGACAACAAGGGUACGUUCCCUUGAGAACCCGGGAUAUGGCGCUCGGGAACCUGCCUAACGCGCACAUGACGUCUCCCGCCUGCACGGGUGCGCUACCUACCAUACCUAGCGCAUACGACACGCCAGCGAUCCGGAAGCUGGAUAUGCUGAGGCUGAUGCAACUUUCACGCAAUCUUUAUUGUAUGCCAAGGCGGACGCUCAUACGUGAAAGUGAAGACCGACCUAUAUCGAGCGCAGUAUACACGUCCCCUAUUUUACUAGACGUUUAAUAGCGUGACAUUAACAAGACUACGACGUCUGAGACAGGAGCACAGAUGGAACAACAGGCGGAACAACGACAGGAAGAGGUUCGAGAGUCCGAACUGGGGUCGCCUUCGCAAGGUGAGAGCUGCAACAACCACGGGCCACACGAGACACUCGCAUUUGAAGGCAGGUCUGGAAAAACGCUCCUUGUGUCCCGGGGCGCCUGCAUCGGUCACAGUUCCAGAGGAUGCGUCGUAUUUGCCGGCAUUGAUCUGGAUUCGGGAACUCGCGUGUCUGUUGUAGAGUGGACCCGCAUGACUGCUGAGGAUGUUGCUCCCAUAGAACGCGAGCUUCAAUCUACAUUGUUAGAGUUGCGUCAUCCGGCGCUACUCCACUACCUAGGGAGCCUCUUUGUGCCCGAGAGAGGAGCGUUUUACCUACUACAGGAGUUUGCGAGAGGUAGCUCUCUACGAUCUUACGUAUCUCGUGCCAUCAACAUAGACGUUGCCCAGUUACGUAGUUACUUGCAAGGAAUACUGCAAACACUGGCAUACCUGCACGAACACUCCGUCGCUCAUCAAGAUCUCAGGGACUCGGAUGUUUUUAUCGACGGCGACGUCGUACGUGUGGCAAAUUACAGUCUGCCGUAUAAGUUAGCAGCAUUGUGUCAUGGAGUUCGAGCAAAGAAGAUAAAAGGCGACGUGUAUCAGCUAGGCCUGCUGGCACACACACUAGUGAAGGGUCAGAAAGAAGGAACCGACAACAUAAUUCCUUCAGACGACCACUUCCAAGACUUCCUGAGGCGCUGCUCGUAUGAGCAAGAAGAGGAUCGCUGGUCGUGCGACCAACUGCUUCCCCACCCCUUUAUUAUAGGAGAGACAUCAAUUUCCCCAGCCAUUUCUGACGUUGUUGACUUUGGACCAGCUUUCCUUCUAAGCCAUACAGCCCUAACAUGCUCUCGUCUUCAAGCAGAUUUUGACGUGCUGGGAGAGCUGGGCAGAGGUGGAUUUGGUCGAGUGUUUAAAGUUCGCAGCAAGCUGGAUCGUCGUACUUACGCUCUUAAACGCGUCAAAUUCAAUGCUCGGCGCAGUCGUUUUGACAAAGUAAUUACGAGAGAAGUGAAGAUCCUCUCGAGGUUGGACCAUCCUAACAUAGUUCGUUAUUAUGAUUCAUGGACAGAAGUGACCACCAAGGCUCCAGACCAAGGCAGUCCUAGUGUAUCUAGCGACAGCACUGGUACAUCCGAAUCAGAGCAUUGCUCUGGAAGUACGCCUCCUUCAGGCAGCAACGAUGACGAAGUGGUGUUCGAAGCCAGCAAGAAUAAAGACGUAUCUGAAGACGAGACCCCUGUCACAGCAUGCACUAACAUGUGCAUGUUCAUCCUGCAGGAGUACUGUGAAUACGGCACAUUGCGAAAUGCUAUCGACAAUAACCUCUACAAAGACCCGAAACGUGCGACUAGAUACUCCCACGAAAUUUUGGCAGGACUCGAUCAUAUUCACGGGCUUGGAAUCAUACAUCGUGAUGUGAAACCUGACAAUGUUCUCAUCACUAUGAAUGACACUGUUAAGAUUGCGGAUUUUGGUCUAGCGGUACUGGCAUCUGCUCCCGGGGGUGCAGUACCUGACCAGCGGUUUAGCGACAUGUCCAUUGCUAGCCGCCUGACUGGUGGCGUGGGUACGCCACCCUAUCGUGCCCCCGAAUUAGAGCAAACCGGGGUUGUGCACUAUACUAAGGAUGUUGACAUGUACAGCUUCGGCGUCACGAUGGUUGAGAUGUUCAGCCCCCCAAUGUUAACAGCUAUGGAACGGCAGCAAGUGCUGGGAAGGGUGCGCAACAAACUGGUGAGGUUGCCGGCAGGCAACACGCUUACACCUUAUCAACAAGCCUAUGCUCUCUUUCUUUUGCUGCACAACCCAGCAAUCCGUCCGUCUCCAGUAUUUCUCUCACACGAGGAUCCGAAUCGUACAACGCACAGAGAACAUAUUCAGUUUAACAAGUUUGCGUGUGCCGUAUACAAACUCUGUUCUCUCAAAAUGUUAUUACUUGCAGUCUUGGUCAGUAUCUGUUGCUGGAUACAAUUGCACCGUAAACCACAGGUAUCACAGUAUUCUUUUGACUGGAUAGUUUACUUUGCUUCUUGGAUUUUGUUUUUAGCUUGCUGGUGUUGGAUUGGUGUGCAAAGCUCGGUCAUUUAUAUGCAAGGCCGUAUCAUUGGUUGGCAAAGCUGUAUCAUUGAUCUGCAAAGCUGUUUCAGUUAUCUGCAAGGCUGUUUCAGUGAUCUGCAAGGCUGUUUCAGUGAUCUGCAAGGCUGUUUCAGUGAUCUGCAAGGCUGUUUCAGUGAUCUGCAAGGCUGUUCCAGUGAUCCGCAAGGCUGUUUCAGUGAUCUGGAAGGCUGUUUCAUUGAUCUGCAGAGUUGUUUCAGUUGUGUGCAAGGCUGUUUCAGUGAUCUGCGAGGCUGUUCCAGUGAUCUGCAAGGCUAUUUCAUUGAUCUGCAAGGCUAUUUCAUUUGUCUGCAAGGCUGUCUCAGUGAUCUGCAACGCCGUUUCAGUGAUCUGCAAGGCUGUCUCAGUGAUCAGCAAGGCUGUGUCAGUGAUCUGCGAGGCUGUUUCAGUGAUCUGCAAGACUGUUUCACUAAUCUGCACGCCUGUUUCCGUCUUCUGCAAAGCUGUUUCAUUACGUUGCAAGGCUUUUUCAGUGAUCGAAAGGCUCUUUCAGCUAUCUGCGCGGCUGUUUUAUUGAUCCGCGAGGUUGUUUCAUCGAUCCGCAAGAAUGUUUUAUUGAUCCGCAAGGAUGUUUCAGUGAUCCGCGAGGCUGUUUCAUUGAUCUGCAAGGGCAAUCGCGCAACUGAGUUCUAUACAAAUAAAUACACGUGAAAAAAAUAUAACAAAAUGUACACAAUAAAUCACUGAAACUUUCUAAUUUCUCCUGUGUGGCAACGUCAUGGCCAUUGGAUAUCAAUUUAAAUUAGAAAUGGGACGGAUCCAAAAUUUUUCGAAUCCGUAUCCAAGGAAGGCUCUACAAAAAUUCACGAAUCUUACAAAUCGUUUUUUUUAGGAAGAGUUUAAAAGGCCAGGAAAAAACUUCUAGUGGAACGUAUUUAGAAGCAGAAUAUGAUGUGUUUGUUUAAUGAAAAACAGAUUACGUAAUGCUCGAGUUUCAGGAGAAAAUAUACCAACAUAUAUAUCUUAAAAUGUACUUUACCUAACAUGCUGUUCAUCGACUAGAAGAAAUGCAUAAAUUCUCGAGUCUGAAUUAUUUCCAUAAAACUAAGCAACAAUCAAAACCAGGUAACUUUCGAACUUGUAAUGUAACAGUUCCUGCCCGAACUCUUUCAGUCCAGAGCAAUGUAGAGAAACAAACAAGAAAACAUACAUCGGCCAAUGAGGCAUUCGGUGAACUGGCACCUCGCCUGUUUGAAAAAUAAAAACAAACGUGGUUGGUAAAUUUGAUUUGCCGUUUCGGGCACUGGGAUUUGGAUUCCCGAAUCCUUUCCUAGGAUUCCAGGAUUCGCGUAUUCGGUUGGCACAUCCCUAAUAUAAAUGCAGGUACUUAAGCCUUACAAAGAACACCAAACAAACACACAAAAAAAGUGGGAAGGUAGUAAGAAUCGGGACUUGCUUGGAUGACCACUCGAUGUAUUGUUGUUGUUGAUGAUGAUGACUGGAGUCUGAAUUGUGCAUUCACAACACAGGGUGUAUUGGUUCUUAGUUCAAAUGAGUGACAGCAAGUAAUAGUUCUAACAUCAGUAGUUCUAUCCAAAGUAGAUAAGAGAGUGUUUGUAGUAGUGUAGUGUAGUAGAUAAGAGAUAGUUUGUUCUUGGAGCAGCGAUUGCAGGCACGCUCCUGCGGGAGUAGUUUGUGCUGUGUCAGCGAAGUGAAUGUGUGUUGGUGGGAUUGUGAUAAAGCGAGUGCGUGAAAAUUACAAUCUUGUGACUAAUCAGGGUAUACACAUCCGGGAUGUUUAACAGGGCAAGUGCAUAAGUGACAGAAGGUAUCUUCGAUAUGGCCUGCACCUCCGGUACUAGUUUGGGGGAGUGCCGAUGUGGUGCCAAGAGUGUGCGCCAGUGCAAGUGGAGGUUCAACACUAAGCGCUUCCAAAACGAACGAGCGAGUGCAGGUGCAGGCUAGUGUUCUGCCGCCAGCACCGGGACCACUGUCAUGUUCUUUUAUGCUUGUCUUUCCUUUCGUGUAGACUGUUUGUAUGAGUUGUACUUCAUUCGCUUUACCAGCCAUUGGUAUACGUGUUUGUUAUGCCUCUGCGCCUGUAAGCAGAAUUGCAGCUGCUGGAUUCUGUGACAGUGUAACAAUGAGUUGACGACGUAUGCAUUCUAUUUGCUUGGGAAGGAAGAACGCCGCCGUGUUUCCGGCAAUGACGGGAACAUUGCGAGAAGAUGCUACGAAUUGGAGUCUUGUUCUUCCUACUCUGUGCUUCAUCUCUGUAUAUUUUUAAAUAAAAAAGGGUUCUUGGCUGC